CAUGCUUUGUUUUGGUACGAUGAAAGGUCACAAAAACAAUACAACACAUCUACCCCUACAUAUACUCUCUGUUGCAGAGGAGGACAAGUUGAAAUUCCUCAGCUCCAAGAAGCACCCAAGGUUUUGUAUGAGUUGUUAUAUGGCGAUGACAUCAAAAGCAAGCAUUUCCGUGAGAACAUUAGGACUUAUAACUCUAUGUUCCAAUUCACCUCGAUGGGUGCCAAGAUUGAUCGAACUAUAACAAAAAGCAAAGGGCCACGCACGUUUAUUCUAUAUGGAGAGAAUUAUCAUCUGAUGGGUAGCCUUAUACCCGAAGAGGGGUGCAUGGCAAGAUUUGCACAAUUAUAUGUGUACGAUACACAAAAUGAAAUUCAAAAUCGUAUAGCAGUGAUAAGAGGAAAAGACAACAACAAAAUACAUGAAGAUAUUGUUAGAGAUUUGAAGAAGAUGUUGGACGAUAACAACGUGUUGGUCAAGGCAUUUCGAAUGGUUCGGGAGUCUAUAGGACCUGACUACACAUCCACAGUGAAGUCGAGGUUGUUUGGCAAACGGGGUAAAGAUGGUAGGCGAUAUAACCUACCAUCCACUAAUGAGGUUGCUGCGCUGAUAGUAGGCGACUUUGAUUUUGCCAAAACUGAUAGAGACAUUGUGGUUGAAACACAUAGUGGGAGGCUACAACGAAUUAAUCAGCUAAAUCCAGCCUAUUUGGCAUUGCAGUACCCUUUAUUGUUUCCAUAUGGAGAGGAUGGGUUCAAGGAAGACAUUCCUCUAAAUAAAAAAAGUGGUAAAGAAGAUAAGGGUAGGCAAGAGGUCUCAAUGAAGGAUUUUUUUGCGUUCAGGAUCCAAGAGAGGCUAGCCGAUGCAUCUCCAUUGCUCUAUUCAAGAAGGUUAUUUCAGCAAUUCUUGGUAGACGGAUUCUCCAUGAUUGAGUCAGCCAGACUAAAUUACAUUCGGCUUGAUCAAGAAAAGUUUAGGUGUGAAAUGUACAAGGGCUUAUCCGAAGCAGUGUUAAGUGGGGAAACUAGACCUGCGUCAAGAGGAAAACGUAUCAUCCUGCCUUCUUCAUUCACGGGAGGGCCUAGGUACAUGAUACAAAACUACCAAGAUGCAAUGGCGAUUUGCAGGGUGGUUGGCUAUCCAGACCUUUUUCUUACAUUCACAUGUAAUCCGAAAUGGCCUGAAUUAGAAGAUUUUCUUAAGAAUAGAGAACUACAUGCAGAAGACCGACCAGACAUGGUAUGUAGAGCUUUCAAAGUUAAGUUGGACAAACUUAUCCAAGACAUCAGAAAGAACCAAAUAUUUGGGCGCGUUAGUGCAGUUGUCUAUACAAUCGAGUUUCAGAAGCGCGGUCUCCCUCAUGCACAUAUUCUGUUAUUUCUAUAUCAUGAUGACAAGUUUCCAACGGGAGAAGACAUAGACCGGAUCAUAAGUGCUGAGAUACCCGACAAGGUCAACGAUCCACUAUAUUACGAAGCAGUGGAAAAGCACAUGAUGCAUGGUCCAUGUGGUAGUUUUAGGAAAGAUUCACCCUGCAUGGAAAAUGGUCAAUGCAUGAGGCACUUUCCUAAGAGAUUUGUUGCGAGUACUACUAUUGAUGAAGACGGUUAUCCGGUUUAUAGGCGCAGGGAUGAUGGCAAAAUAAUAACCAAAUCAGGUGUGGAACUUGACAAUCGAUAUGUCGUGCCUCACAAUAGGAAGUUAUUAUUGAAAUAUGGUGCUCACAUAAAUGUUGAAUGGUGUAACCAGUCAAGAUCGAUUAAGUAUCUAUUUAAAUACGUCAAUAAAGGCCACGACCGUGUUACAGCUUCAUUUUACAAAAGUGCCACAAGUGAUGCGGAUAAUGAUCAGUGUGAUGAAGUUAGUAUGUAUUAUGAUUGUAGGUACAUAUCCCCGUGUGAAGCUGCAUGGAGAAUUUUCGGGUAUAGCAUUCAUUAUAGGAACCCUUCUGUGGUAAGGCUAGGCUUUCACCUUCCUGGUGAACAACCAGUGAUAUUCAAAGACGAUGAAAACCUGGAUGACGUUGCUAGGAAAGAGUCUGUGAAAGAAUCCAUGUUCUUAGGAUGGUUCGAGGCAAACAAAAAAUACCCAGAAGCUCGAUCUUUGACGUAUGUGGAAUUUCCUUCUAAGUUUGUAUGGAAGGCUAAUACUAGAAAAUGGUUUCCAAGAAAAUCUCAUGUAGUUAUUGGCCGUAUUUUCUUUGUACCUCCAGGAUCAGGAGAAAUUUACUACCUAAGACUACUUCUAAAUUUUGUUAGAGGACCUACCAGUUAUGAACAAAUUAGAACUAUUGAUGGUGUUAUCUACUCGACAUUUCGAGAUGCAUGCUAUGCAUAUGGACUUUUGGCUGAUGAUAAAGAAUAUAUUGAUGCUAUAGAGGAAGCAAGUCACUGGGGCUCAGGAGAAUACUUAAGAAGGCUUUAUGCAACACUUCUGUUUUCUAACUCGAUGGCUAGGCCGGAACAUGUAUGGGAAAACACACGGAGAAUGCUAUCUGAUGACAUUCUUCAUCGGCAAAGAAGGUUACUUAACAAUCAAGAGUUACAAAUUACAGAUGAAGAAUUAUGGGAUCUGACGUUGAUAGAAAUUGAAAAACUACUCAAGAGUUAUAACAAGAGCUUAAGAGAUUCUCCAUCAAUGCCAUUCCCUGAUAUUGAUACAAGUUUGAUGCAAAUUAUGAAUGGGGAAAACAAUAAGUUGAUUUCUGAUGAGCUUCGGUACGAUAAACGAAUUUUGACUGCUGAACAUGAAGUGUAUGUACAACAACUUACAAACGAGCAAAAGAGAGCUUAUGAAGAAGUGAUGACAGCAGUGAAUAGUGGGCAGGGUGGUGUUUUCUUUCUAUAUGGUUAUGGUGGUACGGGAAAAACAUUUCUUUGGAAGACACUUGCUGCAGCUAUUAGGUCCAAGGGUCAAAUCGUGUUGACAGUUGCUUCAAGUGGCAUAGCAUCCCUCUUAUUACCCGGUGGUAGGACGGCACAUUCUCGCUUUGCAAUACCACUCAAUUUGGAUGAAUUUUCAACAUGCAACAUAAAGCAAAAUACUCCAUUGGCUGAAUUAAUAAUUAGAGCUAAGCUUAUUGUGUGGGAUGAAGCUCCUAUGGUCAAUAAACUUUGUAUUGAAGCACUCGAUAGGACCAUGAGAGAUAUUUUGAGGUUCAACAAUUUUGCAAGCUUGGAACAACCAUUUGGAGGAAAGACAGUGGUUUUUGGAGGUGAUUUUCGACAAAUACUACCAGUAAUACCCAAAGGUAGUAGGCAAGAGAUUGUCAAUGCUACAAUUAACUCAUCAUAUAUAUGGGAUAGUUGUAAGCUGUUGACUUUGACAAGAAACAUGCGCUUACAAGCGGACAAUAGCAAUUGUGAAAACAAUGACUUAAGAGAAUUUGCUGAUUGGAUUUUAAGCAUUGGAGAUGGCAAAUGUGGAUCAUCUAUAGAUGGUAUUGAUAAGAUCAAGAUCCCAGAUGAUAUAUUGAUACAUGAUUGGGAUGAUCCUAUUAGUUCGAUAUGUAAAGCAACUUACCCUGAAUUAUUUUCCGGUUCAAGCUGUGUUUCACAUGUAAAAGACAAAGCCAUCCUCGCACCGACACUACAACUGGUUGAUGAAAUAAACAAUUAUAUGAUGAGUUUGAACCCAUCCGAAGCUCAGACUUAUUAUAGUUCUGAUACAGUUUCUGAAUCUGAAACAAAUAAUGAUAUUUUGGCAUCAAUUCACACACCAGAGUUCCUAAACACUAUUAGAUGCUCAGGAGUACCAAACCAUGAGAUAACUGUUAAGGUAGGGACACCAAUCAUGUUACUAAGAAAUAUAGAUCACUCAGCAGGUCUAUGUAAUGGCACACGAUUGGUUGUGUCCAAACUUGGAAAGCACAUAAUAGAAGCAAAAAGUUUAACAGGGCAAGGAGCUGGCCAAAAAGUGUUUAUUCCUAGAAUGACCCUAACCCCUUCUGAUCAUAGGAUACCAUUUAAAUUUCAAAGGCGACAAUUUCCUAUCAUGGUUUCUUAUGCAAUGACAAUUAACAAGAGUCAAGGGCAGUCGUUGUCACAUGUUGGUUUGAUAUUAAAAAAGCCUGUAUUCACACAUGGACAACUAUAUGUUGCAGUUUCAAGAGUUACCAAUAAAAGAGGGCUCAAGAUCAUAAUAUGUCAUGAAGAAAAAGAGAAGAAAGAAACAAACAAUGUGGUGUUCAAAGAAGUAUUUACAAACGUUGAAUAA